AUGGCAAGAGAAGGCAUUAUUCUCAAGUGCACCGAAACUGGUCAAGAAACUUACAUUACCACCAAAAACAAAAAACUCCACCCCGAGCGAUUUGAGGCAAUCUUCAGUUUUUGCCAGGCCGCUCGUUACCAGCGAAUCGGCAUUGAAAGGGAGUACGCCACUUUCGCCGAAAUCGAAAAAAUUAAGGCUUGGUUUCCGAGCGCUAAAAUCGUGCCAAUCUCGGCCCAAAAACUCCGGAUCGUUAAAACGACCCGCGAAAUUAAACUGAUCCGCCGGGCGGCGUUGAUUGCUUUGCAAGCGCUUGAAAAACUUAAACCCCACAUUAAAGCCGGGGUGAGCGAAAAAGAACUGGACGCCAAACUGGAGUUUUUUCUCCGGCAAGGUCAAGCCGACAAAAGUUCCUUUGACGCCAUCAUCGCCUCGGGACCGCGCUCGGCGUUGCCCCACGGCCGAGCCAGCCAGCGAGUGCUGGCCGAAGGCGAGUUUGUGACGAUUGAUUUUGGCGCUCUUUACCAAGGAUACGCGUGCGAUAUCACGCGCAAUUUUCACGUUGGUAAAGUGACUAACCCUGAACUUUUGCGAAUUGAAAAAGUGGUCCGCGAAGCCCAGAGCCAAGGCAUCCAAGCUGUCAAGCCCGGCGUUAAAACGAGCGCGAUUGACAAAAUUUGCCGAGAUUACAUCACCGAACAAGGCUAUGGCAAGUACUUUGUCCACUCGACUGGUCACGGACUAGGCAUUGACGUCCACGAACUUCCUUACGUAUCUAACCAGUCGGCCCAAGAGACUGAACUUAAACCGGGCAUGGUCAUCACGGUCGAGCCAGGCAUUUACAUUCCUAACCUAGGCGGAGUCAGAAUCGAGGACGACGUUUUAGUAACUCCGGGCGGCCACCAAGUUCUCUCGCGCAGUUAG